CUGCGCUGACGAAGUUCUGCGCUUCUGGCGUACAGAGCGCCAGUCAGUGACAUACUGUCAGCUGACUCGACGCCAUUUUGUCAGCCAUUUCCUAGCCGGAUCAGCACUUAGCUAGCAUUUCUUAAGCUACAGUACCACCCAUCCAGCCUCGUCUUGUCAUCAGGCCUGGAUUUGAAAACGGUACCACCGGCGAGGACGCUGUCCGCGUAGGUUAGAGACUGUCCAGCGGGGUCGGCUUGCUCCUGAGAAACCCCAGCUUGCCUCUCCGUCACGCAGGACAGCAGUGACAAGAUACUCGCCUGCAGUCAUGGCUCUGAAGAUAGUUAAAGGGAGCAUCGAUCGGAUGUUCGAUAAAAACCUUCAGGACCUAGUACGUGGCAUAAGAAAUCACAAAGAAGAUGAGGCAAAGUACAUCUCCACCUGCAUUGAUGAGAUCAAGCAGGAGCUCAAACAGGACAACAUCGCAGUCAAGGCCAACGCCGUCUGCAAGCUCACAUACUUGCAGAUGCUGGGCUACGACGUGAGCUGGGCCGCGUUCAACAUCGUGGAGGUGAUGAGCUCCUCCAAGUUCACCUACAAGAGGAUCGGUUACCUGGCAGCCUCCCAGUGUUUCCACGAAGGCACUGAUGUCAUUAUGCUGACCACCAAUCAGAUUCGUAAGGAUCUCAGCAGUCCUAAUCAGUACGAUACAGGUGUGGCUCUGACCGGCCUGUCGUGUUUUGUGACCCCUGACCUCGCCCGGGACCUGGCCAAUGACAUCAUGACCCUGAUGUCCCACACCAAGCCCUACAUUCGGAAGAAGGCGGUGCUCAUCAUGUACAAGGUGUUCCUCAAGUACCCCGAGUCUCUGCGCCCCGCCUUCCCCCGGCUCAAAGAGAAGCUGGAGGACCCCGACCCUGGGGUGCAGUCAGCAGCGGUGAAUGUCAUCUGUGAACUGGCCCGGAGAAACCCCAAAAACUAUCUGUCCCUGGCACCCCUCUUCUUCAAGCUGAUGACCUCAUCCACCAACAACUGGGUCCUCAUCAAAAUUAUCAAGCUGUUCGGCGCUCUGACGCCCCUGGAGCCUCGUUUGGGAAAGAAGCUGAUCGAGCCGCUAACGAACCUCAUCCACAGCACCUCUGCCAUGUCCUUGCUGUAUGAAUGUGUCAACACUGUCAUUGCAGUGCUGAUCUCCCUCUCCUCGGGGAUGCCCAAUCACAGCGCGAGCAUCCAGCUGUGUGUGCAGAAGCUGCGUAUCCUGAUUGAAGACUCGGAUCAGAACUUGAAGUACUUGGGCCUGUUGGCCAUGUCCAAGAUCCUGAAGACCCACCCCAAGUCUGUGCAGUCCCACAAGGAUCUCAUUCUGCAGUGCCUGGACGACAAGGACGAGUCCAUCCGGCUAAGGGCUCUGGACCUGCUCUACGGCAUGGUGUCCAAGAAGAACCUGAUGGAGAUUGUGAAGAAGCUGAUGCUGCAUGUGGACAAGGCGGAGGGGACCACGUACCGCGACGAGCUGCUCACCAAGAUCAUCGACAUCUGCAGCCAGAGCAACUACCAGUACAUCACCAACUUUGAGUGGUACAUCAGCAUCCUGGUGGAGCUGACCCGCCUGGAGGGCACGCGGCACGGCCACAUCAUCGCCUCCCAGAUGCUGGACGUGUCGAUCCGCGUGAAGGCCAUCCGCGGCUUCGCCGUGGCGCAGAUGGCCACGCUGCUGGACAACGCCCACCUGCUGACGGGCAACACGCAGCGCAACGGGAUCUGCGAGGUCCUGUACGCCGCCGCGUGGAUCUGCGGGGAGUUCGCCGAGCACCUGGACGACCCCGCGCAGACGCUGGAGGCCAUGCUGCGGCCCAAGGUGGCCACCCUGCCGGGCCACAUCCAGGCGGUCUACGUGCAGAACGCCGCCAAGCUGUUCGCCACCGUGCUGCGUGGCCAGGAGGGGGCGCCGGACGGCCAGGCCGCGCAGGAGACCACCCAGCUGCUCAUAGAGAGGCUGCCCCUCUUUGUGCAGAGCGCCAACCUGGAGGUGCAGGAGAGGGCCUCCUGCAUCCUGCAGCUGGUGAAGUACGUGCAGAAGCUUCAGCAGAAGGAGGUGGAGGUGUCGGAGGAAGUGACGGCGCUGUUUGCUGGAGAGCUCAACCCCGUGGCCCCCAAAGCCCAGAAAAAAGUGCCCGUCCCCGAGGGGCUGGACCUGGACGCCUGGAUCAACGAGCCGCCGUCGGAGAGCGAGUCGGAGGACGAGAAGCCCAAGGCCGUGUUCGCGGAGGAGGAGCCUCGCUACACCCGCCCCCGCCACACUGAAGCGGACGAGACGGAGCUGGCCAGGCGGAGAGAAGUCAGGAAGCAGGAACAGGCCAAUAACCCCUUCUACAUCAAGGCCUCUCCAUCGUCUCAGAAGGUGUACCAGGAAACUCCAGGUGUGGAGCACAUUCCAGUGGUGCAGAUCGACCUCAGCGUGCCUCUUAAAGUCCCAGAUUCUUCCUCAGGGAUGCCCAUGUCCGACCAGUACGUGAAGCUGGAGGAGGAGCGUCGGCUGAAGGACAGGGCGGAGAAGAAGAAGAAGGAGAAGAAGAAGAAGAGGGAGAAGCGGAGCAGGGGGAGGAGGGGCGACUCGGGCCCGGAGAGCGAGGAGGACAUCACCCCCGCCCACAUGGUGGACAUCGUCACCGAGGAGAUGCCCGAGAAUGCCUUGCCCAGCGACGAUGACGAGAAGGACCCCAAUGACCCGCACAAAGCCCUGGAUAUCGACUUGGACAAUCUGGUCCUGGGGCCCCCACGCAGGCCCCUGGCGGACAGCGAGAAGCUCCCGGUCAGGACACACCGGCCCCCAGAUGCCCUGAAAAGCCCCGGAGAGGAGGGCGAGGGGGCCCCUCAGGAACCGAAAAAGAAGGGCAAGAAAGAGAAGGAGAAGAAGAAGGACAAAGAGAGGAAGAAGAGCAAGGAGGAGAAGAAGAAGAAGAAGCACAGGCACGAGAAGGAGAAGGAGGAGGAGGAGCCAGGAGAUGCCCUUCCUGAGGAAGCUGUCCAAUCGGUGGAGAACAGUGAGGUGGUGGCCCCGCCCGCCACCACGCCUGCAGAGGCUUCAGACCUGGACUUCUGGCUGUCUGCUGCCCCUGUGUCCCCUAGCAACCAGGAGGCGGCGCCGAAAGCUGAACCCGCCCCUGAGGCGGGACCGGGCUCCGCCCCAGAAGAAGAACCGGGCCCGGCCUCGGAACCCGACGAGCCCGGAGGCGCGGAGCCGGGGGACGCGAAGUCCUCCAAACACAAGAAGAAGAAGCAGAAGAAGGAGAAGGAGGAGAAGGAUAAGAAAAAGCGGAAGAAGCACCACCAUCACCAUCACCACGGUGACGGGGGCGGAGCCGAGUCCGUGCAGAACGGCACAGUGGAGGAGGAGGAGGAGCCUCUGCCACCCAUGUCCAACUACUGCCUGCUGGCUGAGAACGCUUACAUCAAGAUGCUGUACGACAUCCAGGGGAACCUGCAGGACGGCAGCCAGGUGGUGGUGUCGGUCAUCUUCGAGAACAAGAGCGACAGCUUCAUCAAGUCCAUGGAGUUCACCGUGCUGGACUCCCUCAACUCUAAGCUGCAGAGGCCGGAGGGGGCGGGGCCUCACGACGGCCUCCCCGUCCCCUUCCAGCUGCCCCCCGGGGUCUCGAACGAGGCGCGCUACGUCUUCUCCGUGCAGAGCAUCGUCAUGCCGCAGAAGCUGAAGGGAACCCUCGCUUUCAUCGUCAAGUCUGAAGACUCCUCCACUCAUGAGAAACUGGACUUUAAACUGCACUUUACCUGCACUUCAUACCUGAUCACCACUCCCUGUUACAGUGACGCGUACGCUAAGCUGCUGGAGUCGGGGGACAUGAAGGGCAGCUCCGUGCGGCUGGAGGGGGUCAGCAUGCCCUUCCACCACCUGCUCGCCCGAAUCUGCUUCCACCACCACUUCUCCGUGGUGGAGCGGAUCGACUCCUGUGCCAGCAUGUACAGCAGGUCAAUCCAGGGUCACCACGUCUGCCUGCUGGUCAAAGUGACGGAUCAGACGGUGCUGAUCGACGCUAAGUGUGACGAGCCGUCACUGCUGGGGAACGUGCUGGAUGAGAUCAAGCAGACCUUCUCUCAGUGCUGAUGCCUCGGACUGCCUCUUGUGCCCACCUCCCCCCCUCUGUCUCUCUCUCUCUCUCUCACUCACCCCCACAUGAACACACACACACACACUUACACUCACACACUCACUCGCACUCACACACACACAUUCACUCACAUGCACAUACUCACACACACACACACACACACACACACACACACACACACUCAUACACACGGUGAAUGUGUAAAUGAAGAAUGAGGCCGGUAUUCCCCCCCGCCCCCCUCCAGGCUGAUGUUAUUUUCUCUGACUGUCUGACCCUGCCUCCUCAGGACACCGCCUGCUGCCUCCCCCCCUCCCCCCCCCCCAUCCACAGUCCUGUCACUCAAACUCAUCCGCUGCUCUUAUUAACUGUAAUUCAGUCUCACGCUGUUCACACGCAAGCUUCUCCAGCUUCGGAUUGAUUUCUCUUUUUCUUCUUUCUUUUUUACAUUCAUUUUCUGUCCCGAAUUCCAAUUAUGUCCAUGGUGAUUUCACCCCCCCCCCCCCCUUAAAAAAAUCUGUGUUUCUGUUCCCCUGUUUUUGUAACCUGUCAGUCCUGCGCCUGCGCAUCGUUAUUUAAACCCCUUCCUAAUGAAACUGGAUUUUGUUGUCGUUGAUUUGAAUUGAAUUGUUU